CCACUAGUCGCCCCCAGUGCUCCUCAGUCUCUGGGUCUUUUUGUCUCUGGUGCAGAUUAAACGUCACGUCCGUACUUGAACUUGAAUUUUAUCCCAUUGUACAGAGGCAGCCCCAGCCAUAGAGAGACAGAGAGCUCCCAGAGAACCAGGACUCCGCCAUCUUCACCAUGAAGUAGUCCUCCCCCCAGUGCCAGCCAAGUGGAGCAGUGCAAAGUGCUGGCCAGUCAAUUGCAGGGCAGUGCCAGGCUCACUGCUCGCAGCAGACAUCCCCUCUCUGGUGGCAGCAGGGUCAGCUCCCUCUCUGGCAUUCUUCUUCUACUUAUAUUUUUUAUUUUUGGGGCAGUGAUUAUUAUUUUAUAUUUUUUUAUUUGAAUUUCAUUUUUUCAUUUUUUUGCAUUUAUGCCUUUUUUGCAUUGAUGGGAGAAGUGCCAUUGGAGUGGGCACAGGCAUUUGGUAACUUGGAGGAGAAGUGCUGCCGCUUCCUGGCACAGAGGGGGCACCCGAGGCUCCUGCUGAAUUUUAUUUUUUAAUUUUUUUUAUUUUUUAUUUUAAUUUAAGAAGAAGAAGAAGUAGAAGCACCAGGAGGAGGAAGAAAGAGAGCAAGGAGCAGGAGGAGGAGGAGGAAGAAGAAGAAGAAGAAGGUGCUGGCAGAGGAGGAAGGAGUCCCCGGGUUGUCUUGCAGAUCUCCGGGCGAUGCCACUGUAAAUGCCACUGCAAUGUCCCGUCGCAAGCAAGGGAACCCGCAGCACUUAUUACAGAGGGAGAUCGUUCCACCUGAAGAGCACCAUGUCGAAGCGGUAAUCACAGACGAAGACGGUCUCGCCAUCCCAGAGUCGGGGACCCUUGGCCUGUCCGGCAGCGGGACUGACCCAGACUUGUUAACAUGUGGACAGUGUCAAAUGAACUUCCCGCUGGGAGACAUCUUGGUUUUUAUAGAGCACAAGAAAAAACAGUGCGGAGGUCCGAGCGGUGGCUGCUAUGAAAAGAGUCUGGAUAAAAGUAGUCCUCCGCCCCCAACUCGCUCCGAGCUCAGGAAAGUGGCAGAGCCGGUGGAAAUCGGUAUCCAAGUCACACCCGAUGAGGAAGACCGUCUUCUCACACCUACAAAAGGAAUUUGCCCGAAGCAGGAGAAUAUUGCAGGUAAAGAUGAGCCUUCAAGCUAUAUUUGCACAACAUGUAAGCAGCCUUUCAACAGCGCCUGGUUUCUGCUUCAACAUGCUCAGAACACACAUGGAUUUCGCAUCUACCUGGAGACCAGCCCAACUAGCAGUUCCCUUACUCCCCGAAUCACUAUCCCUCCUCCUCUGGGACCGGAGACUGUUGGACCAUCCCCCCUGAUGAACUUCCUUGGAGACAACAAUCCCUUUAAUCUUUUACGAAUGACUGGACCCAUCCUACGUGAACAUCCAGGCUUUGCUGAUGCUCGGCUGCCAAACACGCCACCGCUCUUCAGCCCACCCCCUCGCCAUCAUCUGGACCCGCACCGCCUUAGUGCCGAAGAAAUGGGGUUAGUUGCCCAGCAUCCCAGUGCCUUUGACAGAGUUAUGCGUUUAAAUCCAAUGGCAAUUGAAUCUCCAGCAAUGGAUUUUUCUCGAAGGCUACGAGAACUGGCAGGAAAUAAUUCCACUCCUCCUCCAGUGUCUCCGAACCGUGGCAAUCCUAUGCAUCGUCUGCUAAAUCCCUUCCAGCCAAGCCCCAAGUCCCCUUUUAUGAGUACGCCACCAUUGCCGCCAAUGCCCCCGAGCAGUACGACCCCGCCUCAAACCCAGGCCAAGAGUAAAUCCUGUGAGUUCUGCGGGAAGACUUUCAAGUUCCAGAGCAAUCUUAUAGUUCACCGCCGUAGUCACACAGGGGAAAAACCUUAUAAAUGCCAAUUGUGUGACCAUGCCUGCUCGCAGGCAAGCAAAUUAAAACGCCACAUGAAAACGCAUAUGCACAAAUCUGGCUCAAUGACUGGCAGGUCUGACGAUGGACUAUCAGCUACAAGUUCACCAGAGCCAGGCACUAGUGAGUUAACGGGAGAAGGAGGGAAAUCCAACGAGACAGAUUUUAGAAAUGAAAGUGACCGUUCCUUAGGACAUGACAAUGAAGAAGAGGAGGAGGAGGAAGAAGAAGAGGAGGAGGAGGAACUGGAGAAUGAGAGCAGACCAGAAUCAAGUUUCAGCAUGGACUCAGAAAUGAGUCGUAACCGUGAAAACGGUACAAAGCCAAUCCACGAUGAGAAGUCCCUCGUUCUUGGUAAAGUAAUGGAUAAUGUAAACUUGGGAAGCAUGCAGCAAUAUAAUGACAUGCUCAACGACAAACAAAAGAGAAGUCACUUCAUGAAACGCUCUUCUGAUCCACGAGACCUAUGUCGGAGAAUUCCAGGUGACGAAGACGGAGUAGAGAGGGAAAUCAUUCGAAACGAAGAAGGGACAGUCAAUGGUAGAAAUUUUGGCUCAGGUGAACCUUUUCCAGGCUUGUUCCCUCGAAAACCAAUGCCUAUUUCUGGUAGUGGUCUAAAUAACUCCUCUAAAAGGAUAAAAAUUGAGAAAGACUUGGACUUACCACCAGCAACGAUAAUCCCCUCAGAAAACGUUUACUCACAAUGGCUGGUUGGAUAUGCAGCAUCACGGCACUUCAUGAAGGAUCCAUUUCUUGGAUUCACAGACUCUCGACAAUCCCCUUUUGCAACGUCUUCUGAACACUCUUCAGAAAACGGAAGCCUGCGGUUCUCCACUCCACCAGGUGAUAUGCUGGACGGGGGUCUCUCAGGGCGGAGCGGGACAGCGAGCGGGGGAAGCACCCCUCACAUUGGUGGACCAGGCCCUGGCCGACCCAGCUCAAAGGAAGGGAGAAGGAGCGAUACAUGCGAGUUCUGUGGCAAAGUAUUUAAGAACUGCAGCAACCUCACAGUCCACCGUCGGAGCCACACUGGGGAACGGCCUUACAAAUGUGAGCUCUGCAACUAUGCAUGUGCACAGAGCAGCAAGCUGACGCGCCACAUGAAAACACAUGGCCAGAUAGGUAAGGAGGUGUACCGCUGUGACAUUUGCCAGAUGCCCUUCAGCGUUUACAGCACCCUGGAAAAACACAUGAAAAAGUGGCACGGAGAACACUUGCUGACAAAUGACGUGAAAAUUGAGCAGGCAGAAAGAAGCUAAGGCCCCUAUAUGGGUUAAUUCCAUUUAAUUUGUACAGUUUUUAACUAUUGCCAACUGAGAAAGCUGACCUUACUUGCCUCCUUAAACAUAACUUAGCGUAAACAUGUCAGGUGUCACAAAGUGGCACUUAAAAUAUAUCCUGUGUCUGCAGUUCGUUUAAAAACCUGAGGGUUGAAUAAGGCAGUAACAAUUGUGGAGCCUUUUAACUGUGCAAUAAUUUCUGUAUUUAUUUGGGUUUAAUUUGUCAUUUUGGCAUGUGCAGGUACUUUUUUUUUUUUGCAGUUUUUUUAGUUUAAUUCAUUUCUAUAUUUUUUAUAUAUUUUUUUUUGUUAUUGUGCAUUCAUGUUAUAAAACAAACAAAAAGAACGCAAAAACCCUCUUGUGCUGCGGGGACUGAUAACUUCUUAUAAGCAAAAAUGAUUUUUCAGCCCCCUUCAGGACAAAAAAAGAAAGAAAAGGGUUUAAUCCCACCUCUCCCAGUAGUAGCCCCCCAUUCCCCUCCCCAUUGUCUUAGUAGUGGAGAAUUGUAUUUAAAAUUAUCAUUUUUGGGCUGCUACAUUUCUGGAAUUUAAGCUAAAAAAAAAAUAUUUUUUGGUAAUUUCUUGCAAAGAAGCCAUCAGCUAUUUGAUUUCCUUUGUUACAGAUUUUAUGUUCUAUGGCCAUUCCUAAAAGAUGGGGGUCAGGAUUAUUGAAAUGGCGGAUUACAAUCUUUUAUGUGUUUUAGCACUUAUUUUUAAUUGCAUGGUAGGAUCUCAUACGCAACAGUUAAAAUGCAACCUAAAACUCAAGAAUCUUGGGGGUACACCUCAAAAAAAAAAAAAAGGGGAAAUUUUUCAAAAACUUGCCGUAUAAACGGGACCAGUGUCCCAGUUUGAACGCAAUCUGCUUCACGUACAAAUCAUUUUUUGCUGCUUAAGUGGUCUGCAACUCCAGCACCCAUGGGCCUGGCGUUGCGAGUCACUCCAGCGAGCAAAUGUCAGAGAGAUGCACUGUUAUUCCUGAAACUCUGAACCCACCUGCAGUGUUUUGCAGUUCACUCAGUGCUGAAAGGCUGAAGGGUCAUCGUUGCAGUUCAUUACCGUUAUGUCAUUGUAAUAUUGUGGACUAUGAAUUUGAACAUUGUUAUUUAUUCUAAAUAAUUGCAAGUUCCGAUAAUGACACCGGCUUUUAAGAUCCUUUUUCCAUUUUUGUUUUCUUUUUUCCUUUUACGUGCAUCAGGAGGACAGCAGAGAUCAAAAGGUUACCCAUUUUAAUUUUGUUGACCGCACUUUAAACAAAAACACACAAAAAAAGAAAAAAACUUGAGUUUCUCUGUUUUCCAUGGCUUCUGAACAAGAAAUUACAGCCUAUUCUCCUACGCAACCCGAUGGCGGGUUGAACGCUAUAAGGGAACACCUGAGAUUAAGUGCCAGCGUUGCUAAGCAUGGCAUUCACAAUGCUGGCACUAUAAAAAAAAAUAUAUAUAUAAUUUAUUGGACGGUUUGUCUACUGCCAUUCGAAUUUUUUUGUGAGUGCCUUGAAAACUGAUCUUCCUAUGUGAGUCUCUUGAGACAAAAUGCAAAUCUUUUUUUUUGUUUUUUUUUUGUGAAACAAAAAAAAAAGGACUUUUAACAUAGUAACACAAGAAAAGUACAUUUCUUUAAUAAAACAAAAAACAAAAAAUCAAAAGCCACAUUUACUUAUUAAACAAAAAAAUUCUGGUUGACGAUAGUGUGGACUCGAUAACGCCAUAAGACAUAAGACCCAAUCUAACGAAGAUGUUUACUCAGCACAAGUUUGAACCUUCUCUGGGCUGAUUUAUUAUCAGCUACGUUUCUUUUUCAGGACAACGCUGCUUAGAAAAAAAAAAAAACGGAAUGAAAAUUAUUUACUGCUGAAACGAAAAUGAAAUGACGCGGCUUACCGGUGAUCGUUGAAUGGGAAAAUCAAAAACAACAAAAAAACAAUUCAGGAACAACUGCUUUUUUUUUUUUCUUAUGUAAAAUUUAGUGCACUCUGUCUUAAAAUACGUUUACAGUAUUCAAUACGUACAAGGGUAAAAGAGAAAAAAUAAUUGUGUGUAUGUGUGUUUGGACGAUCAUUUCUUUUCAAGGUUUGCUUAAUAGGUUUAAAAAAAAUGCCAUAAUGGCCAUGUGUAUAUUGUUUAUUUUUGAAUUUUUUUUGGUGAUGGGGUUUUAGUAUAUAUUAUAUAUAUUAAAAUUUCUUGAUUACUGUAAAAGUGGACCAGUAUUUGUAAUAAUGGAGAAUGCCUGGGCAUUUAACAAAACCCGAAAAAAAUAAUUUUUUCCUUGAAAAAAAAUGUUGCAGUAAAAAAAAAAAACUUAAAUGGUGGGUCUAUAACAUUGUUCUUGUCACUGUAAUUGUAAAGUCUGAGUUUUAGUACUUAUUUUCCUGCCUUGGGUGUUAUUUUAUUUUAUAAUUUUUUUUUAUUUUGAACUGUAUAGAAACUUGUAUUUGGGGAUUAAAAGGUGAUUGCUACACCAUGUAGAAAAAGUAAGUAGAAAAAAAGUGCUUAAUAUUGUUAUUGCUUUGCAGAAAACGGAAAAAAAAAAUCACGUUUUUUGAACUGUGCUUAAUUUUACCCCCCUCCCCUCUUGCCCCUCCUCCCUUUCUGGAAUGGAUAUUGAUAUUGAUCGGUUGACAUGAUGUAGGCACUUGCUGUAUUUUUACCGGAGCUUGUAAUUUUUUAACUGUACGCUUGUCCUUUUAAAAGGAUUAAAUGUACUUUUUUUUGUUAGUGAAUUUGAAAAAAAAUAAAAUAAAAUAAAAUAAAACACGCUGCCAUAAUAUAUUUUUUUAAUUUGGCAGGAUAAAAUAUUGAAAAAAAAAAUACAAAAAAAAAAAAAUACAAAAUAAAGAAAGCAUUUGUAAUUUAAGUCCUACUGUACAGAAAAUAAUAAUAAAAAAAAGGGAAGUUGUUUAACGGCUUCCGGGGUAAUCAA